AUGCCUACCUUCACCGUGUUCAAGGGCUCCGAGGGUGGAGUCCACAAGACCACCACCACCAAGCCAGACCAGCUGUCCGGCGACCAGGUCCUGCUCAAGGUCACCGCCUCAGGUCUCUGUGGCACAGACCUGCACUACAGACAUGCAGAUAUGGUGCUGGGCCACGAAGGCGUCGGCGUGGUCGAGGCCCUCGGCCCCGACUGCAAGCUGCUGAAGAAGGGCGACCGCGUUGGCUGGGGCUACGAGCACGACUCCUGCGGCCACUGCAAGCAGUGCCUCACAGGGACCGAGCAGUACUGCAACGACAGGCAGAUGUACGCAGCCGCCGACCUGGACCAGGGCUCUUUCGCAUCCCAUGCCGUUUGGCGCGAGGCCUUCCUGUUCAGGAUCCCCGACGAGCUCAGCGACGAGGAGGCGGCACCCUUCCAGUGCGCCGGUGCGACAGUCUGGACCGCGCUCAUGGCAUAUAACACCAGGCCCACCGAGACCGUCGGCAUCAUGGGCGUCGGAGGUCUGGGCCACAUUGCCAUCCAGUUUGCACGUGCCAUGGGCGCCCGGGUUGUCGUGCUCUCGGGCAGCGACUCCAAGAAGGACGAGGCGACCAAGCUCGGCGCCCACGAGUUCAUCGCCACCAAGGGCCAGAAGGAGCUCAAGGUGGCCCGGAAGCUGGACCGCCUCCUGGUCACCACCAGUGCCCAGCCGGACUGGAACCUCCUCAUGCCCAUCAUGGCCGCCGGCUCCACCAUCCACCCGUUGUCCGUCGCCUCGGGAGACUUCUCGAUUCCCUACAUGGCAAUGCUUGCAAGCGGCAUCACCGUCCAGGGCUCCGUCGUGGCCGCCAGGCAGAUGCACAAGGACAUGCUCGAGUUUGCGGCGCUGCACAAGAUCAAACCCGUCAUCCAGACCUACCCCAUGACCGAGGAGGGCAUCACGGAGGCCAUGGACAAGUUGAACCGUGGCGAGGUGCACUUCCGAGCGGUCAUCGUGCCGCAGUAG